CCUUGCCGGGAGAGACAGCACCAGCUACAGCGACUGGUAGAGAAGCAUCGACUUCGUCAGAACCUGCAGAGCCUGCAAGGUCCAUCCUCGGCGGUGGAACAUGACCCUGCUCCAAUCCAGCCUCCGAUCCAACCUGAAAUCGACUUCGAUGAAUCAGACUCAGCGUACGGCGACUCAGAUCACCUGAGCGAUACAACAUCAAUACCGUCCACCAUCUGGAGACACCGCUACGAGAAUGGUCGCCGAUACCAUAAGUUUCGCGAGGGCGAGUACUGGGGCCCAAACGACGAGCUCCAGAACGACCAGCUCGACAUCGCACACCACAUGUUCCUGCUGCUCCUCGGGAACAAGCUGCACCUUGCGCCCAUCGAGAACCCGCAGCGUGUGCUGGACCUAGGCUGCGGAACAGGAAUCUGGUGCAUGGACAUGGCAGACGAACACCCCGGCGCCGAAAUCAUCGGCGUGGACCUAUCCCCCAUCCAACCCUCCUUCACGCCACCAAACUGCAAAUUCGAAAUCGACGACGUAACAUCCCCUUGGACCUUCGCGGUGAACUUCGACCUAAUCAACAUCCGCUCGCUGUACGGCUCCAUCGCCGACUGGCCCGCGCUGUACGCCCAGGCGUACGCCCACCUGCAGCCCGGCGGGUACCUACACGAAGUUGAGAUGAGCAUCCAAUUCAAGAGCGACGACGGCACGCUGGCGCCGGACCACGUGCUGAGCCAGUGGAGCGACGUGUUCCACGAGGCGAGCCGGCGGUUCGGGAAGAGCUUCUACGAGGUCUGGAAUCUGGUAUCAUACGCUAAGAACGCGGGCUUUGUCGAUGUCGUCGAGCAUGUAUACAAGGUCCCUGUCAAUGGAUGGCCGGCAGAUCCAAAAAUGAAGGAACUCGGGCGCUGGAAUUUCUUGCACUGCUCCCAGGGCGCUGAGGGGUGGGGGUUGUUUCUGCUGACCAAAGUUAUGGGGUGGAGUGUUGAGGAGGCGCAGGUGUUUAUUGCCAAGUUCCGGACGGGUCUAAAGGAGCGCAGGGUGCAUGCGUAUUUCGAGGUUGUGCAGUUCAGCGCGCGGAAGCCAUCUAACUAAGCGCGAGACGCGAGACGGGGAUGGUGUGGUGAAGCAAUGCGAUUAUGCAAAAAGCAGAGAGAGGUAUCUAGACUCAAAACGUACCACUCCAAACGCCGCAA